AAUAAACUCAUAGUGUGGUAAACUGAGGACUCGGUGCUGGUGCUCAGGCGCCGGUGGGUGGUGACUGUCACUGCCGCAGAGAUCACGAUAUCCGCCGGUUCCUGCUGGGAGAUGGAGUGUGUCUUGAUCUCUCUGAGUUAAUGGAUGAGUGUUUCACUGAUGUCCUCAUAGCGGGCUCGAUCACACCACGGAUCAGAUGACAAUGAUCUCUCCCACUUUAGAUAUCCCUAGAUCUGAAGAGGGAGACAAUGUGCACGUUUCGGAAAGCCUGCUGUCCUGUCAUGAGGAUAGGGAUAAGUCUGAUGUAUCUCUUGAGUUGCAUUUGGAGGCUCUGAAGGCCAAACGCAAGCAGCAUCUGGAGAAACUAGAGCUCCGGCACCAGAAUGGCCUGGAGAAGAGGCUCCUGCAGAACUCCCUGCUCACUUCAAGCACCGAAUGGAUACUGAAAUCCAAAAUACCCCAGCAGAGCAUCAGCCAUCAUGAUAGGCCCAACUCAGAGAACGGCAGACACCCCAGUUCAAAGGUGAUUCUCCAGAAUUUGACCUCAAAUGGAUUUAAAGCACCAAGAGCUACUGGAACUAAUUCUUUGGGAACAGUGCCAGAGCGACCGAGGAAGCCUCUCCCUCAGGAUUCACGGAAAGCCAAAGAGGAGGCAGACCUGGCUGAGUGUCAGAAACAGUUUCGCGUCGCUCCCGUCCCUGAGCACAUCUCAAAGCCUCUUUAUGAGGACCUCAUCCAUGAACAAGAGCGCUUGAGGAAGGAAGGUCGCGAGCAGAGGAGAGAUUUCCUCUUGACCACGCAGAAGCCCUUCAGGUUCCACAAGAAGCAGGAGAAGAAGCGAGAGAGGCUGAAGGAGGAGACGGCCUCUGCUGAUAAAAGUGAAAAAACAGAACCAGUUUGUGUGAGGAAACCUAUACCGAAAGCGGUCUUAGACCCCAGCUUCUCUGAGCAAAUGAGAGAGCAGGAGCAGCGAAGGAAGAUUCGCAUUCAUCUGAGAGCUCAGGAGACUCUGAAAGCCUCCUCAGCACCCAUUCAGAGACAGGAACCCAGUGCAGAUAGACAGACACGCAGUGCUCAGAAGAGCAAAAGCAAGAUGCUGGGUUACUUGGACCAGAAGCUGUCCUUCAGACCUAAAACUAACACUACCGUGCCUGACUUUGAUAAGCUUUACCAGGCCUUUCAACAAAAGGCAAUGGAGGCUGCAGAGAGGAGAGAUGUCACUCACUGUAAACCUUUCCAGCUGCGCACAUCCACGCUACAGCCACGCCACAGGAGCCCAGAAAACCCACAGAAAUCUAGAGACAAGACGAAUCUAAAGAGAAGCAGUUCAUUUGGUGGCCUGACAUCACUGUCGAUGGACACUCUUCCAACUUACAUAACAGAUGCGGCCAGGAAGAGAUCCAUGGCUGUAAGGAGAUCUUUGGAGCUGAAGGACCUGAAGGAGCAGGAGAAUGCAAAGUGGAUGAAGGAGCACAGAAUCAAGUCUCAAGCUAUGAGCAGGGCAGUAGCAAUGAGAGCCAAGGCAAUGGACCCUCAUAAAAGUCUUAAAGAGGUCUACCAGGAGAAACUCAAACAGAACCGGCAAGCUGAUCUGGAGAGGAUGAAAGAUUAUCAGAAAGAGCUGAAAGAGAUCAAAACCAGAGUAACGUCUCGCCCGUACCUGUUUGAGCAGGUGUCACAGAAAAAUGCCAAGAAUAAUGCUGAACGCAGAUACAGGAAUACUUUGGAACAAGCAGGUCUGGACGAAAAUUUUGUGAGAUCAAAGGGAGAAACAAAUAAAGCCAUCCAUGUGGACAAUGAGUCUGCGGAUGAGGAUCAUGACAGCACUGAAAGCCAAACCCAGGAGAGUGCAGGAAGUGGGGAAGACAGUGUCACAAAUGAGGAGGAAAAAGAAGAGAAUGUGGAAACCAAAGGGGAAGAGUUGUGCUGACAGACGCGGUUGGUGGGCCAGCGUAUUUCAUCCAUAUUCCAUAUGUGCAGGGGAGACUGUGGUCAGACAACAAAUUGUUGACAGAUCAUUUCAGUUAUGUGCAUGAUUUACUUGAAUACAGAUUUUAUUUUUUAGUACUGUAUAUUGUGCCAGUGAAUCAGUGUGGGUCUUUAUAGAGCUGAGCCCUCUUGUUUGUUAAAGUUUUUGUUCAAUAGAGAAAGGAUUCAAUAAAUUCCAUAUGUAUUUUUAAUGAAACAGAAAAUCAAAAGCAAGUUUAAUUGUAUGAUUCUAAGCAUGUUAUGGGGGCUACCGACCCAACAAAGGAAUAAGUAACUAAAAAACACUUGGCAACCAGAGGAGCUGCAUAUUAAAAGCAGUUUAUUUGCUCGAGGUCUACUUACUGCACAUUAAAUCAUCUUGUAAACCACAGAAACAGAUCUUGGGUUUGGUGUUGGGCACCCUCAGGGUUUGCAAACAGUAAACUGGGGAAGCCUUGUCUUGGCACGAACACAUCUUCCACCUUGGGUCUGUUAAAUGUGGCUUUGAACGUCUGCUAUAAUUAUGAUUAUAAUUAAUUAUAAUUAUGAACUAUAACUGUCACAGCAACUAGCUUUAUUCACGAAACUCCAUUUGAAUGAGUACACAAAUAUCAUUCUAAGAGAAGUCUUCUUUAGCACAAGGCCCAUCUGAAAUUCUCAUUCCUGAAGUCAGGUUAUUUUGAGAGUCAUUGCACUGGUUGGGUAAACAGCCCUGAACAUUUAUCCUCUAUUGGAAAAAGAGCUUGUGCUAGUGUAUUUGGCCACAUCAAGAGCUUUUUACUCCAACUGGCUUCUUCAGUCCUGGUUGGAUGUUCUGUGUUUUUUUUAAGGAAUUAAAGGAAUUUGUGUUUCUGUGUAUAGGGAUGGAAAGUUCUUAGUUAUUUUAAAGAUUUUGAAGCAUAAUUUCUGCUUUUGCUGUUACAUGAUGAUCUCAAGAUGGAACAUAAUUACUUUAAACAAGCCUUGUAGCAUGCAGUUUAUUUUAAAGGCUAAAUUUUAACUUUUGGUGAAAAUAUGAUGGCAAGUCUUGUCUAUUUUGUUGUACAACUUGUAUAUUUAGUGGUUGAAAGAGUGAUGAAACUGAAAAAUUAAAUGAGUCAACUGCACAUUUGAAGAUGACUACCCAGUUUCACCUCAUGAUACCCAUUCAUUCUGUUUCGGAAAUUCCUUUUUUGUUUUGGAUAAA